GACCUGCAGCCGCCGCCGCCGCGCCUGCCUGCCCGGCGCGGAGCUCAGCCCGGCGCGGAGCAGAGGAGGGGCCCAUUAGCAGCCGCGGAGGAGGCGGAGGGGAUGCCGGAGAGACACAAAGCCGGCGGGGUAAGCAGCCCUCGGCUCGUCCCGGGAUGGGGGCGCCGCGCCGGGUCCGCCUGAUGGUGCUGCCGCGGGUGCUSUGGGGCUCCGUCCCCCUCAUCCUCCUGCUGCUGCCCGCGGCCGAGCCCAUCUGCCCCGAGCCAUGCGACUGCCAGCAGCACCAGCACCUCCUCUGCACCAACCGGGGCCUGCGCUCCGUGCCCAAGACUGCCGAGCCGCAGGAUAUCCUCACCUACAGCCUCGGGGGCAACUUCAUCGCCAACAUCUCCGCCUUCGACUUCCACCGCCUGGCAGGGCUCCAGCGCCUGGACCUGCAGUACAACCGGAUCCGCUCGCUGCACCCCAAGGCCUUUGAGCGCCUGGAGCGGCUGGAGGAGCUUUACUUGGGCAACAACCUGCUGCCAGCGCUGGCCCCUGGCACGCUCAGCGCCCUGGCCAAGCUGCGCAUCCUCUACGUGAACGCCAACGAGAUCGGCCGCCUGAGCGCUGCCUCCUUCUCUGGCCUCGGCAGCCUUGUCAAGCUGCGACUGGAUGGCAAUGAGCUGGGCUCGCUGGGCGAUUCCACUUUCUCAGGGCUGCCAAACUUACUCUAUCUGCACCUGGAGUCCAACCGCAUCCGCUGGCUGAGUCGCGGUGCCUUCACUGGCCUGGCCAAGUUGCGUUUCCUSGACCUCUCAGGGAACCAGCAGAGCUCCCUUCGCCACCCAGACAUCUUCGGGCCGCUGCGCUCCCUCCACACSCUGCUGCUGGCCAGCAACAGCCUGCGGCAGCUGACAGGGGGGCUCUUCCAGCACCUGCCAAACUUGGCAAAGCUCUCACUCAGUGACAACCGAUUGUCUCACCUGGCCCCGGAUGCUUUCAGGGGACUGGGCUCACUGAAGGAGCUGCGCCUGGAGGGGAACCUGCUGAGCCACCUACCUGUCACCCUUCUGGAGCCGCUGGACAGCCUGGAGGCACUGGAUCUGAGCCGCAACGCACUGACCGCCCUGCACCCGGCCGCCUUCAGCCGCCUCGGCCGCUUGCGGGAGGUCAGCCUGCGGGACAACGCACUGGCCACGCUCCCCGGCGAGCUCUUCGCCUCCAGCCUGGCCCUCUACCGCCUGGAGCUGGAGGGGAAUGCCUGGAGCUGYGACUGCCGCCUUCGUGGCCUCAAGCGCUGGCUGGCGGCGUGGCACUCSCAGGGCCGCCUGCUCACCGUCUUCGUGCAGUGCCGCCUGCCACCCGCCCUGGCCGGCAAGUACCUCGACUACCUGCAGGAUGCCCAGCUGGCGCUGCCGCAGGACGGCGGCCCMUGCCCCGAUGGUGCCUCUCCCUCCCCGCCAUCCCCCGAGGGGCUCGGUGGCAACAACAGCGCAGCGGGGCUGCCCCCGGGGCCACCGCCGGCCGCCUCCACCGCCCGCCUGAUGAUGGGGGUGCCCAURGCCGCCAGCCCCACGCCGGCACCGCUGCCCAGUGCAGCAGCGUGGCCCCGACGGGCCGGUGCCGCCGGGGUGCCGCCGCUGGUGUCCGACCCUUGCGACUUCAACAAGCUGUUCCUCCACAACCUGUCGGUGGAGGCGGUGGGCUCCAGCUGGGUGACGGUGCGCUGGGCCGUGCGGCCGCACCGCAGCCCCCGCCUGCUGGGGCCGGCGCGAUUCCGCCUSCUCUUCGACCGCUUCGGCGCCGCCGUCAAGUUCCAGCGCUUCGUGUACCUGCCGGAGCGCGGGGAGCCGGCGGCCACGCUGCAGGAGCUCCGCCCGGACACCCCCUACCUCGUCUGCGUCGAGGGCGUCCUGGGCGGCCGCGUGUGCCCGGUGGCGCCGCGGGACCACUGCGCCGGGCUGGUCACCCUGCCCGAGGGCGGCACCGCGGCGGCGGCGGGCGGGCCCCGCGGCCCCGACCAGCAGCUGCUGACGCUGGUGCUGCUGGCGGUGAACGCGCUGCUGCUGCUGGCSGCUCUGGCCGCCUGGGCCGCCCGCCUGCUGCGCAAGAAGGUGCUGGGGCGUCGGCAUCGCAAGGCGGCCCCGGUCCACGUGCGGCAGCUCUACUCCACACGCCGCCCGCUCCGCUCCAUGGGCACCGGAGUCUCCGCCGACUUCUCGGGMUUCCAGUCCCACCGGCCGCCCCGCGGUGCCGCCGCCUGCGCCCUCAGCGAGGCCGACCUGAUCGAGUUCCCCUGCGAGCGCUUCAUGGACAGCAGCAGCGGCCGGCAUGGAGAUGAGCACCUGCUGCAGCGCUUCAGCGACUGAGGCCGCCGAGGCCCCGGCAGCCGCGGCCUGCGGACUGUGAGCGGAUGGUGCGGGCCCGGGUCGCGGCCUCCGAGGGGCAGAGCUGCGGUACAGUGGCUGCGCUCAGCCGCCCUUGCUGAGGCUGCCUGUGACACGGGGUUACCUCUGCUGGGACCUCGCCUUUUUGUCAGGAAUCAUCACCAGCCCAAGGAUAAACCCUGACGGGCGGYAACUGUGCCUUGCCAUGAGGAGCAAACGGCAGGAGCUACUGCCAACAGCAGCCAGUGCCUCCCUUAAGCAAACUCAGAGCUGUUAAUUUAAGUGUGCUAUUUUACAGGUAGUUUCCUCCGACUGCAAGUUGGGAACAAAUUACAGUGAGCAGCUUGGCCCUGUGCAAGGAGCUUUGAACAGAUCCAUCCAAGGCACCAGCUCUUCCUGAUGAAAAAUUUGGAUCGAGUGUCAUCUUUUAAUUGAACUCUGUGCAACCAGGGAGUUGUUUGGAGGGCUGGAAAUGUAGGGUUUUUUGCUGAAUAGUGUGAAGGCUGKGCCAUUUCCACUCAAACUGAAUGUGUGUGCUUUCAUACUUUUCUGUAAACAAGAAAUGCAACUGGUUAUUUCUACAGGAAUAURUUGCUGACACCACUAAGAAAAACUAACAGGUUUUGGUAGAAUGUUUACAAAUGAGCUAUUUUAAAAUUGUUUUUGAAUAAAUACUGCUUGGUACUUGUACACAUUAAUGUGUGCUGUAGUUGUCUGGGUCCAUGAUGGUCAGCAGAUCACUGACAGUCACAUAAUCCAUCUUCAUUUCUAAAUGGGUAGWUGCAGAAGUGAACUCUUGAUGGAUAAAUAAUCAUUGGUGCCUUACUUCAGAAACAAUAAUAGGUCAGAAUAUUUCAGGAAUGUGAAACAAUCUUUAUCCUAACAGGCAAUUUUCUCUUAGCCUUAGCCUACUAAAGUUAGAAGCUUUAUGUACCUCACUGUGAAAUAAAACAUUUUGUGUAUUAAUCUAGAUUAUGUGUUUUGUGUAGCUGAGUGAKUAAUGCUAGAGUUAAACCCUUAAUGCAGUAGCAUAUAAUGUUUGAGUUGUUUUGGUUGGUUGUUGUGGGUUUUUUUUAAAAUUAGGAUUUUGCUUUUUGUUUCAGAGCAAUGCUGAUCAUUUUAUGGUCAGUUGCUCUCUACUUCUCAGACCUUUUUCUAAAUAUUUACAGAAUGUGGUUCUGUUAUACAAAAUAUGGUGGUUUAGUUUACAUUAAUAAUUCUCUCUGUGUGGUCUACAAAUGAGCUAAUUAAAGAGGCCCAAACUGGGAUUGCACUUUAAAUGCAAAUGUUUUAGAUGGAGUUUGGUAAAUUGUUGAGACCAUUGAUACAACUUCUGCUCCUUUGAAUUUAAUGUGCAACCUCAGAUGAACUCUUGUGGAACUGAAUGGCUUGAAGGAAGUGUUAAUGUACUAUGGAGACAUUUGUCUCAAUAUCAUGCAUUCAUUGCUGACCCGAGGUGUUCAUGGCUAUGAGUUGUUUAUUACCAUAAUUUCAAGUAAGCAAUCUGGGGGUUUUCCCUCUUUCUUUUCUUUUUUUUUUCAUUUUUCAGAUGAACAAGUGUUUACAAAAGAUACCAUAGUAACUGGUACCUUCAAUUGGAGUUCAAUGACUGAAUAGAGAGAAAAGACUUUGUGUUCUGAGGGAGACARUGUAGUGCUCAUUUGCCUUAAUCCUUUAAAUGGCAAAAGGAAAAAUCAAAGUCUUGUUUUGUGGGUCAGUAGCAAGAAGUCCUUUGGGAUUUCAUUUUGACAGACUGUAGUUUUCAUGAAUAUCAGUGGCCAAACUUGGUUGUUAGUGUAUAGAUUAAAAUUCAUCACUGCUAUAGACACAAUGCUAAAUGGAAUAAAAAUUGAGGGAAUGCAGUAUCAUGCUUCAUUUUUUUUGUCGAGGAUUUUAAAUUUCUGUUCCUUUGGACACCUGGGUGCUUUUGGCCAUUUAUGAUUGUGGAGUACACCACUGUUUGUUGYUAGAAGUGCAGUGGGAUUAUUGAGUAAAGCUGUGUAUCACACUAACGUUAGCUCUAUCACUGGAUAUUCUUCCAAUGGGAGAUGCAUAGAUGCUGUACAUGGUUAUAAUCARUUAUGUCAAUAAAUCCAUUUGCUGAAAGAAAAUUGGUGUCUUAGAUUGUAUCUCAUAAUGCAUCCCUCUUCAAUCGCAGAUUGGCUGUAACUUCUUCAUUUUAUGAACAUGAGGACUGUGGACAGUGUCUCAUCAUUCUUUUCAUCAUAUUAAUGUUCCCUGUUUUGUUUGUAAUACAUUUGGAUAGUGCAAACAAUAAAAUAACAAAAACAGGCAGUUCUGAAACAGGUAGACCGCUCUCAAGAUAGACUAAUAAGGUGCUGUGACAUGAGUUAAGUAGUUGAUCCUUUAUGAGGUAAAUUAAGAAAUAAUGAGUGUUUGGGAUCUUGUCAGUAGUUUAUGCUCAUUGGAAGUUACAAUUCUGAGGAUUUUUCAGUUUUAUCAGGCUAAUGCUAUCAGGGUGUCUUGUUCAGCAUAUGCACGUUGUUCUAAUUAAGAAUUCACUGCUUCUCUUUGAAUUUUUGCAAACAUCUGGAGGAAUGCUACAAUGAAAUGAAACUGACUCUUUGUUCCAGCCUAGGAGAAGUAGACAUAUAGAUCUACACAGCAGCAACAACAAAAAGACAGUAAACAUAAUGAAGCUGUUGACUUUUAAAAARCCCUAGGUUCUCUAACUUUAGGAAUACUUAGGCUUUGUCUGCAGUGUCUUGGCAGGGAGGGAACUGUACUAGCAGGUGGUUGAAARAAAUGUCCGUGACCUUGAAUGACUGAAAAAUGUAAAUAUGAUGUCGCUCUAUUUUUACCAGUUGUAUUUAUAUAUAUUUGGGUCUUUUUUUUAAAGUAAGCUCCUUUCUAAAGAAUGACUGUAAAAACAGCCCUUUCUAAAUGGAUGAAUCUGCUAUCAAUUUGUGCUCAAAAUGUUUAUCCUUCUAGCAGAAAUAGAGUUUUACUGCCCUGUCCUCUCRUAGAAUCCAUGCAGCUUGGGGAAGAGUCAACUGAGUGCUGUUCUCCUGCUGAGGAAUUACUGAACACAUUAUAUAUCAAAGAUUGAAAAUGAUCAUAAUAGUCCCUCAUCAAAUUAAGUGGGCUGCUGCUGGGAUAUUUUCAAGAGGUACCAGGGCUUCCUUAGUGUCAGCACUGCCUGAUGUGGCAGCCUCUGCCACCCCUUGCCUCCCCUCUUCMAUCCUGACCUCGCUGCAGCCAGCUGGCAUGGUUGGUUUCACAGCUGGAAGGUGAACUGUGAAACUGAUCGUCCUGUAAAAUAACCUUUCCUAGUUCCUCCCCUUUCCUCAGUUUUUUAUUCUACUUAGUUUCUUUGAUUCUGCUUGACUCACACGAGUACUGGAAGUAGCAAAAUGUGGGUGUGGAGUUAAGAGGCAGGAAAAAACAAAGAUGGGAAGCUGCUUAAACAAUGUCAUUUAGUCUUGACAUUGAGUUUGUCCACAGUCUAAGAAAAUCUAGGCUAUUCACAUGAGAUAAACAUCCUAUGUAGGUAAUAUACUUUUAGUAGAAAUCAUUAAAACUCUGCACAAUUGAAAAUGCUUAGAACUUCUCUCUAAGGUCCUAGAAAUAUUGACAUUACAGCAUGGGGCUAGAGAGAAACUAUCUGAAGAGAGCAGAGGUGUAAUGGUGUCAGUGAAUGUCUCCACGUGGAUGAGAAAGCUGGUUAAAAAGCUCCACUUGACUAUCGGAGCUUGAGUUAACACUGUUACGUUUUCUCAAAAUAUUGAUUUCAUUUUGCCAUGCURUUUACUUUUCACAAUGCACUGCAAGUGCCACAUUUUAAAAUAUCAUCAACAUUUGAACCCUUAGAAGAAGGAACUKGGAAAGUGAUGCAUGUCUCUUGWGCCUUCUYCUUUCUGCUCUUUCCUGGAAGAGAUUAAAAAAAAUGAGGGAAAAAAAGAGUCUGCUUCAGGAUAUUUAUUUGUCUACUCAUCAGGAUAUUAAUUUAACUAGUAAACUAACAUUUGGACUGUAGUGGAUGAAUCUACAAAAAUAAUUUGUUUCCAUGACAGUACACAAUGAGCAAGAGAAAUACGACUUGAUUUCCAAAAACCUGGCUGCUGCCAUUAACUCAUGUUUGUCUGGCCACCAAGGAUGUACAURUGUUGUGCGAGGUCCCCAAGUGAARCUGUGGUUUAAAWAAUUAUUUWAAAAUUAUGCCUACAUAGGGAUGUACUAGACUUUUCAUGUGGGCAACUUCUUUGGGACAAGUUGUUUCAUAAAUGUAUCUAUAAUCUGAUAUUUGCUAAGUAGA